AUGAGAACGAAGGAGGGAGUUACAACAGCGGUAAUCCGAGUCGAUUACAUCGAUCCAAUUUCAGUUGCCCUCUUAAAGGCUCUCCAAGAGUCUGCUAAUCUCCUCUACCCUCUGGAGCAGAGGGGGGGGGAGGGGGAGGCGGUACUGGAAGGCCACUCCAGGUUACCUCGCCGCUUUUGUCAUGGAAAGGAAGGGUACAGCUCAAGUCAAAUAUUAAUUGAACGGAGAUUUCUACACUAA